AUGUUCGACAUGGUCUAUCCCGAGACACUCUUUACCAUUCGACCCAGUAGUACGGCAACCAAGCACGAUGUCACGGUGGAAAGCUAUCCACCGAAUCUGGUGACGGCCAAUACAAGCGAUGGCGUCCACUUGUACUUGCAGUACAAUCUAAAUGUCGUCGAUCAGGUGGCAGAAGGAGACGGCACGGGUGUCAUUUUGACGCUGCCAGAGGAGCAGCUCUUAUAUGUUCGCGUUCGGACGGGCUAUCAUGCCCAAAUUCUGCCGGGGUUUACCAAUCUGUCGCAUUUGCAAGCCGACACCCGGGCCACACUGACGGCCGAUUGUUCGUCCUUGACACCUUCCUCUUCGUCGCAAGAAGACCAACGAUUGCGAUUGGACGUCACGGUCAAGAAUGACGCGACCAUGUACUUGAAAUCGACGAAUGUGGGCGCCGAAUUGGACCUCAGCGGUGGCGCCGUCAUGAUUUAUCAGGGCAAUGUCAUGGGACACCGCAAUGUCGUAGAGAGUCACGCACGGCUCUACCUACAGGGAACCAUUCUGCCGGGAGCCGAAACACAGAUCUCCUCCAGUGCCAUUGCCACCAUUGACGGAGACAUUCGGGGUCAUGUCACGGCCGACGAUUGGGCCAUUGUGGAACUCGUCACGACGGACAAUGCCAACGUAAAUCAAACCAACAAUAGUAUUACCGGAACCAUUCAAGCCCGCAACGCAGCGUCAUCAAUGUGGGACCCUACGGAAACUGCGAUCGCGUCACCACGGAAUCCAAUGCCAUUUGCAGUAUCGGAAUCAUUGGAAUAUCACCACACACAACUUUUCCGAACCCACCGAAUGGACGACAGGGACCGUCUUGUGCUCUUCCGCCACAACAGCAAUAACCACAACAAGAGGUGUCUUGUCCUUGCUACUGACGGCGUUUGCCUGGUGGAUUGGUUCUUAGCUAGCUACUUGGCUACAUGCAUGCUACGGAACGGAGAGACAUGUUCUUUUGAGUUUGCUCUCAUCAUAACGCAAAGAUAG